UCUUAGCGCGUUAGCGGCGACGAGAAGUUAGAUCGCGGUGUGCGGUGUUUCAAGGUUCGGGCGGCAUUCGCACCCGAAAUUGUAUCGUGAAAAUUGAGCUAACUCACGUUCGUUUUUUACGAGUAUAGACCGUUUCCUUACGUACUAAAGUGGCAGUAUUAAUUGGAUCAUUGAGAAGAAUAAAAACGGACAAGCGAAACAAAAUAGCAGUGCGCUAAGUGGCGCGUAUUAAGAUACAUAUAUACACAUAAAUAUAUACACGAGCGCGCGCACAAAUACACACGCGGUUAGUGAUAUAUACGUAUACACGCAAGAGAGUAAAAUCUCGGUGGUAAACAGCGAGUGUGCGACGUGUGUGCGACGGUGGAUAGCCGCGCGCGGUGAGAGAGCCUUCUCUCGAGUGUAGCCGAAAAAAGCAUGGCUUCACCUAAUAAAAAGAUCAAAAAGCUAGAGGAACGAGGUUCCGGCGACGGUAUGGACAGUCGUGAUUAUGAUUUAGAGAUACAAAAGACUCUCGAGGAAAUUGACGGUUGUCAGAAUCAGAUUGACGGUCUUAACGAGAAAGCGAGCGAUGAAAUACUGGAAGUCGAAAAGAAAUACAACAAAUUACGCAAACCGUUCUUUCAAAAACGCAACGACAUCAUCAAGAGGAUACCAAACUUUUGGGUGACAGCUUUUGUAAACAAUAAGAAAAUAGCAGAAAUACUUGAAGAGGAGGAAGAAGAUGCUCUUCGGUAUCUGAACAAGUUGGAGGUUGAGGAAUUUGAGGACAUUAAAUCGGGCUACAGAAUUAAUUUUUAUUUUGACGAAAAUCCUUAUUUCGAGAAUACUGUACUCACGAAAGAAUUUCAUCUCGGUUCAUCCGGAGAUCCAGCAUCCCAGAGCACACCGAUACGUUGGAAAGACGGAGCUGAUCUGAUCAAAAGGCUAAAGGGUAAGGGACAAUUGAAAGGACGAAAAAGGCCACUGGGACACAGAUCAUUCUUCGAUUGGUUCACGGAUCAUGGAGAUCCAAGUUCGGAUGAGAUAGCCGAAUUAAUCAAGGACGAUAUGUGGCCCAAUCCCCUGCAGUACUAUCUCGCGCCGGAUAUGGACGUUGAAAACGGUAUUGAGGUCGAUGGUGAGGACAUUGACAGCGAAGAUGAUGAGGAAGAUGAGGAUGUCGCUUCGGGGGAUGGAGCUGGGGAGGAUGUUGAAGGUGAAGAAGGCGUCGAAGGCGAAGAUAUUGAUGACAGUAUAGUAGUGGUGGAGGACGACGUGGACGAAGAAGACGACGAAGAGGAGGCUGUGAACGACGAUGAAGACGCUGUUAACGAGGAAGAUGAUCUGCUGGUCGAUGAAGAAGUCGAUCGUGAGGAUGCUGAUGGAGACGAAACCGAAAGAACUCGGUACUGAGAAAAAUCGUAGAUUUUUGGUGCCCUACGCCCACGUUGAACGGAGAGAUCGCGCAAUGCCUCUAAAAACGAUAAAAGAAACAAACGAGUAAUGAGUCAUCAAUCAAGUCUGUCAUGAAUUUUAAAAGAAAGAAAAGAACAAAAAUCGAGUCUUCGGGAGCUUGAAAAGCAAGAGGGAUAUCUUCUGCCCGUGGGACUGUUGAACGAUACAUAAUUAUUACAUUAAUAAUACGGUAGAAUAAGUGACGAAAGAACAAAAACAACUCGAAAGCUCGUCAGGCAGAUUCUCAUGUACGUGCAUAGAGAGCUCACGUUAUCACGUGAAAUAUCGCAUUGUAUAAUUUUGUUUCCGUGCCAACGAUAAUCAGAAGUCGCGCCCGGAUUUGCAAACGUACGUAGCAAAAAGUGCGGCCGCAUGAUGUCAAACAAAAAGAAAUUGUAGAUUUGUUAUUUAUGAGAUUUUAAAUCCUGAUCUUUUUUCGUCAAUUUUAUUCGUCAACUCAAUCGCCUUUAGCAUUAUCCAGAAUGAAUUUUCGUGCUCAUGAGCUCUGGCAAUUUUCGAGAACUCUUGUUUCUGCCUCCAAUAUUAAACCGAUUCAAAUUUCUUUUAUCGACGUGCGUUUCAACGAGCGCAGAAUAGAUCUGUAAGUAUUAAUCUCUUUAUUUCGGAGUCAAAUUUUGUAAUGUAAUAAAAGAACAAAUGAAUUUCCACUA